AUGUGGCGCGACCGAACAAACCUCUUCAUCUCCUAUCGCCAAUCCUACUCUCACCAUCCCCCCAAGAAGCCACGCCACGGCGGCCCCUCCUCCAAUGGCUUCGGUGGCGCCGCCCGCGGCUCCGAAGAGCGCCAGGGCCUCAUGUCCUCCGGGGCCUUCGACGACGACGGCGAUGCGGUAAUAGAGAUGGACCUUCUGCCGCCGCGCUGGCUGGACGUCCAAGACGAGGUCACAGAAUACCUCUCCGACAUCGCCAAGCAGACACGGCGGCUCGACCAACUGCACCAGAAACACGUCCUACCCGGCUUCGACGACGAAGAUGUGAAGAAGCGGGAGGAGAGGGAGAUUGAGCAGAUGACGCAGGAGAUUACGCGCAGGUUUCAGAGCUGUCAGAAGGCGAUUCAGCGGAUCGAGAUGAUGGUCCGGGAGGCGAAGCAGCAGGGGAAUAUCAGCAGAGGGGAGGAGACGAUGGCGAAGAAUCUGAAGAUCUCGCUGGCUUCGAGGGUUGGUGAGGUCAGCGCGACGUUUAGGAAGAAGCAGUCUGCGUAUCUCAAGAAACUCCGAGCGCUCGGCGGCCUCACCACGCCAAUCUCUCGCUCCGCAACACCAGUGCAGAAUCCCUACACUGACCCCUCCAUGCAAGAGUCCGAAGCCGAUCGCUCGUUCUCGCAGGGCACUUUACUCCAAGCGCAACAGAAGCGCGUCAAAAACAACGCCAACGACACUGUAAUCGCCCAACGCGAGCGCGAAAUCGAAGACAUCGCGCAGGGAAUCAUCGAGCUAGCCAACAUCUUUCAGGAGCUCCAAACUAUGGUCAUUGAUCAGGGGACUAUGCUAGACCGUAUCGACUACAAUGUCGAGCGCAUGGCCGUGGAUGUCAAGGCCGCUGAUAAGGAGCUCACGAUCGCGACAGGAUACCAAAAGAAGAGCAUCAAGAGGAAAGUCAUCCUGCUACUGCUGAUUCUGGUGGCUGGGAUGUUUGUCUUGCUGUCCUUGAAGCUAGGGCGGCGAGGGACGACUGCCGCACCUCCUGCUCCGGUGCCUAACAUGCCAAACCCGCCUGCGCCUCCUGUUGUGCUUCCGCGUGCGGAGCAUGACCCUUUGGUCUCGCGCCUGUCGUCUUUAAGAAGCAGACGGAAAUGGCAUCGACGGAAACGCAGACUGUGGCCAGAGAUUGGAGAAGAUGGCAGCUUUUAG